UAUGAAAAUAUAUCCCCUCGUUGUGAGGGGUUUCUGUUUGCCUCUCCGACCUCCGCUUAAACCCUGACUAUAAUUCUCUCUCUCUCUCUCUCUCUCUCACACACGCAGAAAAUGAGGCUUCGCUGCCUGAACAAUAUCAUUCCCACUCUGCCUCAGAACUCUCCAAGUCCUUUAACUUUAGCUUCAUUUUUCUCCACUAAAACCUUAGCCCCACCUUCCUCCUCCUCUUCUUCUUCUUCUUCCAGUUCUCUCUACGAUCGCAUCCAAAUCAUUCGAGAUCCCAAAGUCUCGGUAGUUCCAGUGCUGGAACAAUGGGUCAAUGAAGGACGACCCGUUCAAAAACAACACCUCCGAUCACUGGUGCGACUCAUGAAAGACUUUAAGCGCUUCAAUCACGCUCUCGAGAUAUCUCAGUGGAUGACUGAUCGUAGGUAUUUCACAUUAUCACCAAUAGAUGUUGCUGUUAGAUUGGAAUUAAUUCACAGAGUUCGUGGACUAGAGCAUGCAGAAAAUUACUUUAAUAAUAUUUCAAGUAAUCUAAAAUCGGUCAAUGCGUAUGGUGCUCUUCUCAGUGGCUAUGUUCGAGAGAAAUCUGUUGAGAAAGCCGAAUCCAUUAUGCAAAAAAUGAAAGAGAUGGAGAUGGCAGUCUCAUCCUUUCCUUACAACAUGAUGAUUAACCUUUACACUCAAACUGGAGAAUAUGAUAAAAUUGACAUGUUGAUGCAAGAGAUGGAAAGGAAGGGAAUACCUCAAGAUAAGUAUACCAUGCUAAACCGAAUGGCUGCUUACAUUGCAGCAUCUGACAUUUCUGGAAUGGAAAGGAUUUUGAAGAGGAUAGAGGAGGAUAGGCACUUUUCUGUUAACUGGAAAGUGUGUUCCAUGGCAGCAAGUGGAUAUCUGAAAGUUGGGAUGAUUGAAAAGGCUCUUGCAAUGCUGAAGAAAAUGGAGGGAAAUAUUCCCCUUCAGGGAAGGAAAUCGGCCUUUGACUUUCUUCUUACGCUCUAUACAAACACUGGCCAUAAGGAGGAGCUUUACAGAGUGUGGAAUACGUACAAGCCAUCAACCAAACAAAUAGAUGGAUCAUAUGCCUGCAUGAUUUCAUCUCUUGCAAAGCUGGAUGAUUUGGAGGGGGCUGAGAGGAUUUUUGAGGAGUGGGAAGCCCAAUGCACUGUGUAUGACUUUCGGGUGUUGAAUAGCCUUCUUUCAGCUUACUGCAGAAAGGGUCUCUUCAAUAAGGCAGAAUCAGUUUUAAAAAAGAAUAUGGAAGCAAGAACACCUUAUGCUAGUACCUGGAAUGUGUUAGCUUUGGGGUAUAUGGAGCAUGAGAAUAUGCCCAAGGCAAUUGAGAUGUUGAAGAAGGCACUAUUGGUUGGAAGACAAGGUUGGAGACCAAAUCCCAUCAUUUUGUCUGCCUGUCUCAAUUACUUAGAAGAGCAAGGUGAUGUUGAAGGAAUGGAGGAAUUCUUGAGAUUAUUAAAGAACUUGGUUCCUUUGAGCAGGGAGAUGAAUCACAGAUUGCUGAGGACUUGUGUUGGGAGUGGGAAAUCAGUUUCCAAGGUUCUUAGUCAGAUGAAAUUGGAUGGUUUUACUACUGAUGAUGAAACACAGAAGAUCCUUGAAAUAAAACCAAGUUUAUAGCUUAGAGGAACUCUAUAAAUGUGAGCUCUAGAAGGUUAUAGCUGGUUCAAGGGACCUUGAACUUUCUGUGAUCCAUCAAUAUUCAACUCUGGAUGCCAUUUUUCUUUUGACCUUUUGUUGGCUGGAUCUUUCAUUUGCACUAAGAAAUCAUAAAGGUAUGGUCGGAGAUGAGGAAUUGAUCUCAUAGAUUUUGAAUCUCUUUGGGAAAAAUUACAUUUUAAACCCUAUAGUUCAGGGAUGUAACAAAUUAAAUCCCAUAGAUUCAAAAGUAACAUGUUAAACCCUGAGGUUUCAAAAAGUAACAAUAAAACCUCUACCCAUUUAAGUGGAAUCUCGUUGUGCUUGAAGUUUAAUUUGUUACCUUGCCAAAUCUCGGGAUUUAAUUGGUUACUUUUGAGACUUUAGGGUUUAAAGUGUAAUUUACUCUGAUCUUUAUUAUCCAUCACAAGUCCUAGUAUCUUGGACUUCCAUCAAUGUAUGAUAAAACCACAAAACUUUGUUCUGUAUUGUAGCAUGGUCUCUACUUAUAGAUGAGUUCUCGCCCUAUGCUUUUAUGCUAAAGGAGUUUUUCCCGUAGAGAACUGGAUGAUGGUGUCUCUACUCUCUAAAUUCAAACUGGGAGCUCGUUUAGGACAGGACUGAACAGAACAUUUACAAAGAGGAUGCUGAAAUUGAAGGAAAAGAUCUUGAACCUUAGCCAUAUAGACCAUAUUUUAUCUUAGAUUAAACCUCUGCCUAGUGCCAAGGCUGAUGUUGCUCAAUUAUUCUUGAUACUAUUGUAUAUCUUCUAGUAGUAGUACUUUUAUUUAGAUUUGCAGAUGCUCUUUAAAAUUAUCUGAUCUCUGCUCUCUUACGAAAAUACCAAAAGUUUCAGAAUUUCAGUUGGAUAUUCUAAUUAAA